AUGGGAAUUGAAGAAGUUGAUAUUGAUGCUGUUGCUGUUGGGGCUAUUAUGUCUGACUACCAACGAAUUCGAGUGGAAAAUGUGUGCAACCGUUUGGGUCUUGUGCCACUUGCCUACCUCUGGCGGAGGAACCAAGAGGAGCUGCUGCAGGAGAUGAUUGAUUGCGAGAUCAGUGCGAUUGUGAUCAAAGUGGCUGCGCUGGGGCUGAACCCUACCAAGCACCUGGGAAUCACACUUGCAGACCUUCAGCCUCAUAUUAUCCAAAUGAAAGAAAAAUAUGGAUUAAAUGUUUGUGGUGAGGGCGGCGAGUUCGAGACCUUUACACUUGAUUGUCCCUUGUUUAACAAGACGAUCAUCAUAGAUGAAUGGGAAACGGUGAUCCAUUCAAAUGAUGCAAUUGCUCCUGUGGGCUAUCUAAACUUCAAGAACUUCCAUUUGGUGCAGAAAGAUAGUGUGGAUCUAGAGCUAAGUAUGCGAGAUCGACUGCUGGGAAUACCUGUAAAAACCUGGCGUGACCUGAUCAGUGACCUGGAUGAAGACGUGACUGAGAAGAAGCUAAUUGGGCGAGGAGAGGGUGAUGAAGACUCGAUAGACGAGGGCUCGAGCAUCGCAGAGGACAAGCCAGAGGUGGCGGCAGCAGCAGUUGCCAGCGAGGCAGAGGCUACACCAGACCCAACAUCUGCCAAUGUAUCGCCAUCGAACCCAGAUGCUCCGGCAUUACGAAAUUCUAUCCCUUGCGGGGAUCCCUUACAGGUGCAGUGGGAAACGUCGCCCCUCCCGGACGCCCCCACGGCAGCGAGUAACGACUCCGGCUGGACGUGGUUUGGGGGGAUUGUGGGACAAGGCGAUGAUGCUGUUCUUGCCAUGAAAGAAGCUCUGCAAAAGUUGUUUAGUAAGUUGUUGAAUUCACCUUUUGCUAGUUCUAAUUUCCUUAAAAAGUUUGCCCAUAAAAUGGAAUGA